UCUUGUAGCGUCAUCGGAAAACAUGGCGGCGCACAUUACUAGAGCUGUGAAACAACUUGUCCCACAAAAGGGCGGGUGGCUCCGGGCUGCAGUCUGGCAGUUGUAUGCUGAAGCAUGGCGUCAUCACUAUCACUCUGCAGGCUCCUCUCUGCACUACAUACCCCGCAGGGCAGUUCUCUACUGCCCUGGCAACGAUGAGCGAAAAUUGAAGAAACUAGCCUCACUGGAUGUCGACUGUGCUGUGCUGGACUGUGAAGAUGGAGUAGCCCUCAGCAAAAAGACAGAAGCCAGAGAAACUAUUCCGAGGAUGCUAGCGGAAUUGGACCUGGGCCGUACAGAAAAGUGUGUGAGAGUGAACUCGGUGUCUAGUGGCUUGGCUGAGGCGGACCUGGAGGUAAUUUUGAAGGCCAAGGUUCUCCCUCGUGCCAUCAUGUUGCCCAAAGUGGAGGACACACAGGAAGUGCAAUGGUUUGUUGACAGGUUUCAGCACCACUUGAAAGGAUGGGCACUGACAGAACCCAUUCGCCUCAUCACCUUUGUGGAAACCGCUGUGGGCCUGCUCAAUUUUAAGGCGGUGUGUGAGGAAAUUCGCUCGCUUGGUCCUAAGGUUGGUCUGCACCAUGAUGGCGUGGUGUUUGGCUCUGAUGACUUCUGUGCAAGCAUAGGUGCCACACGGACCAAGGAUGCCAGAGAGCUCCUUUAUGCAAGGCAGAGGGUGGUUGUGACUGCCAAAGCCUUUGGGCUACAGGCUAUUGACCUGGUCUACAUCGACUACAAAGAUGUGGAGGGGCUGAGGCAGCAGGCCAGAGAAGGCGCUCUCAUGGGCUUCACAGGUAAGCAGGUUAUCCACCCAGGGCAGGUCCAAGCUGUGCAAGAAGAGUUCUCCCCCAGCAAGGAGAGGGUCCAGUGGGCCAAAGAGCUCAUUGCUGCUUUUGACCAACAUCAGAAGGAGGGAAAGGGUGCGUUCACCUUCCUCGGCAGCAUGAUAGACAUGCCCUCGCUGAAGCAGGCUCAGAACAUAAUAACACUCUCUGCCGCGGUGCCAAGGAAAUAACACAACUGGUGAGAAGAAAUGGCAGGAACCACACGACUAAUCUGGGACGUGGAGGUCAAAGGAAACUGGAAAGGCUGCUGAUCUCGUGGCUAAAGUGACAUUUCAAAAACUUUUCAGCCAUCGUCUCAUUGCUUCACAAAAAUGCAGUGCGGAAACUGUGGAUUUCAUUUGUGAUUUUUGGUUUUAUUAAGGUUGAUUUAUGUAGCUUUUUUCCCUUUUAAAAACAAAACAAAACUGUUGUUAAUUUUGCUGCUGAGGUCCAAUUCACAUUGUUUUCAGCAAUACCAACUCUGCAACUAUCAUGUGUCGACAGUAUUUGCCUCUUAAAACUCACUUACAAGGACUAUUGCCCUUGCAGCUUUCUUGGCAUGCUCUGCAGUGUGUGUGUGUGUCUGUGUGUGUGUGUCUGUGUGUGUGACCAUGCCUCCUCUUUCUCCUAGGUCAUGAUAAAUGCUCUCCCAUCUCCACGGUCCAGGCAGCUGGGCAAAAGGGUAAACAAACACAACAAGCCACUGUUGUGGAUCUAUUCAUUGGGCCCCAGACUUCAAGUCAGGCCUCAGCCCCCUGCGCAGGGUCUGACUCACAAACAUCAAAGUCCUGCUUGCUUUUUAAAAAAAGAAAAGAAAAGAAAAACCCAGAUGGAAGCAAAUAAACUCACAAUUUAGCUUUU